ACACAUAAUUAGCUGAAGGAUUGUACAGAGAAAAUGUAUGAAUGAAUUGAACUUAAGUGGACCAAUAAAACCGAGUAAAAACAAACAUCUUUUGCAAAUGAUUACCUAUUCUAACUUCUAAGCAAAACAUAUGAAUGAAUGAAUGAAUUGAAUCAUAAAGAAGUCGAAUGAAAUGGCAAAAACAUGCUGCUUCAACGGAAAAUCCCCGACAAUAGCCUUACACUUCCACUCCCAGACUAGGACGCCGCCCUUGCAGUUGCGGAAACAACACUGCUCAAACAGUUACACACCGAGUAGCAGAAACACUUGUGCAAUUUAUAACAUGGUAAGAGAGAAAAACGAAACCCCUCAGGUUCUGAAGAUUGCAGUGAGUGGAGUGACGGAGCUCCUGAGGCUUUUCUCUCCUCCCCAACAAACAAGUGUUUUAAGCGACGAUAUUGAGAAGCAGAAUAAUGACUCCACAGUUUCAAGCGUCGAAGAUGUUCUAAUCAUCAUCAAGUCUGAUUAUGACAAUGAUUACUUUGUUACAGGGAACUUCACUUCUUCAAUUUAUACAGAAAACUGUAUCUUUGAAGAUCCAACCAUUAAAUUUAGUGGUAGAGACUUAUAUGCGCGCAACUUGAAAUUGCUCGUUCCCUUCUUUGACUGUGCCUCAAUUAAACUACUAAAGAUCGAAAAGGAAGUUGAGUCCGACACAAAUUUUUUGCGUGCAUCUUGGAAAUUAAGGACCAACUUGAAACUUCCUUGGAGGCCUCUGAUUGCUAUUGAUGGAAGCACUUCUUAUGAAUUGAAUGAAGAUUUCAAAAUCGUUCGGCAUGUUGAGAGUUGGAAUGUUUCUGCACUUGAAGCAGUUUUGCAGAUUUUCAAGUUUGAAAAACCAGGUGGUUGAAUGUCAUGGCGGGUGAGGGCGUCACUUAGUAACAUGUUUCCAUGAAAAUGCCAAUGAUUCUUAAUUUAUAUAGUUUUUUUUUCCUACUGUAUAUAGUUGGUAAUGACGCAAUUGGCGCCUGUAUAUUUUUCUGAGUAUCUGACAUAUUUUUCCGAUAAGCAUAUGCAUAACUAGGAGUAUUUGCAGAAUAUUUUUAUGUUUAAGCAAUGUUUACUACAGGUAGACCUUUUCCUUCUCA